UAAAGUUUUGUGGAAAAAAUGAUGGGUUUUUUAGACAUAUUCAGCACCGUUACUUCAUUGUUGUGUUUUUUUGACGUUCUGUCAUUUUACACGUUGAAUGUUCUUACUAGUUUAUUGAUUAUACAAAAUACUAUGCCUUUUCUGAAAGAAAGAAAUAUUUUAACCAGGUCGCGAGUUUUGGAGGAUAUGACAAAAAAGAACGGGUUUAGACGGACGAUUUAUAAUACCGUUGGAGAUAGAUACAUUGGAGAAUGGAAAGACGAUAAAAAGAGCGGAAAGGGAAUAAUAUUGACCAGAAACGACGAUUUAUACGAGGGCGAUAUGGAAAGAAAUUUUCGACAUGGGUUCGGAGUUCUAAGCAAAAAAAUACCGAACACAGAAGUUUAUCAGCUGUGUUACAGGGGCGAUUGGAAGAAUGGAAAAAUGCACGGUACGGGACUGAGAAUUUAUCCAGAUAAUAGUUUUUAUUUGGGCCAAUUUUGUAAUGGUAAAAGACACUGGCACGGUCAACAGUGGUUCCCAGAUGGGGCAUUUUUCGAUGGCUAUUUCGAAAAUGACAAACGGAAUGGCGUAGGUGUUUUUGUUCAAGCUAACGGUAAUCGAUACGAGGGUGAGUGGAGGGAUGAUUUGAAACACGGAAACGGGUUGUUCUUCCAUUUGGAUAAUGGACAAUUGCAAGAUGGUGUAUGGGUCGACGAUUGGUGUGUUCACAGUGUUUUGAGAGAUAUAAACUAUAGACAGUGUUCAAUAGCACCUACUAUAUAUCCCGUACCGCAGAUUUUCAUGAAAGAUGCGGAAACAAUUUGUACAUUAACAAGGGAACGUAUUUUACUCGGAUUGAAAGAAACUUGUGAACCGUUGGAGACUUCCAUGUCAUCUUUCAUGUAUCACAUUGUAAACGAUUCUGACAAGGUGUACGAUCUUGGAGGCGUCAGCUUGUACAGCUAAAUCAAAAACCAGAAUAAAAGGCACAAAAUUACAAAGCUAAAAACGAUUUAUUCAACUCGAAUUUUAAAAACAAUCUCCAAAUAAAUAAAAAAUAUAUAUGUAUAUAUAAAAAAUAUUUUCAUUUUUCGAAUAUCUACGCGAUAGUCUUUAAAGGUGCCUUCAUACCGGUGCUGCAUAUAGUGUUCAUGUAGUGCAAAUCAUUUUUUAACAUAUACUGUUGUGCGCUCUAAAAAAUACACUUUUCAAAAGUACAUGUUAAAAAAGUGUUUUGCGCGGCGCGGCGCAGCCGGUAUGUACGCACCUUAAUACAUUAUUUAUUUUCUAUGUACACAGAUAACCCUUUCAACGAAGCAAAAAAAUUAAGAUUAUUAACCGAUUUAUAGUUAAGAUAAUUACAUAAUGGUAAAAAUAAUCUACUCAAAAUAUAUACAGGGUGGAGCAAGAGUUAUUCAGUCUCCACCAAUGAGGUUAUAAGGGGUAUAUAACCUCAUUGGUCUCCACUAAUAUUUCAAAUAACCUCUUAAUGUUUAAUUAAGAUAUCUGUAAUUUUUUUCAAUAUAGUUAUGAUAUUUUCCUUUUUAUGACAUGUCUGCCCAACAAAUAUGCACAUAAAAUUUAUAAUGAAUUAAAUAUUAUACUGGGUGCGCCUGAAAAGUUGCUCAACCCUAUAACUUUUUUAGUUUUUUAGAUAAAAAACGAAUUUUGGUAUGUCAGUAUAUAACAUAAAUUAGGAUUGAUUGACGUAUAUUUAAUUGU